CUCCUCUGGGGGGCCCGGGGACGUCCGCAGACUGCGGCCGAAGCACGGGAACGUCAUCUUGAUUCCCUCCGCGUCUCCGCGUCUCCCACCCGGGUCGCAGGAAUGAGGAGAUAAGCCCCUGAGCUCCGAGGCGCCGAGGCUGGCGGCGGGAGGCUGGGGGAUUGGGCAGAAAGGAACGCGCCCAGGUGGCUGAGAGAGCGAAAUGUCAUCAGUGGAAUCACACCAGGAACAGUUGUCCCAGUCAGAUGCAUCCCCGUCACCAAACUCAUGUAGUUCCUUUGAGCUAAUAGACAUGGAUCCUGCCAAUUUGUAUGAACAAGUUUCUCCUCAUUGGUUUUAUUGUAAAAUAAUAGAUUCUAAGGAGACAUGGAUUCCUUUUAACUCUGAGGAUUCACAGCAGCUGGAAGAGGCGUAUGGCUCUGGAAAAGAUUAUAAUGGGAGAGUUGUCCCCACUGAUGGGGGCAGAUAUGAUGUUCAUUUGGAGGAGAGGCUGCGGUAUGCUGUAUACUGGGAUGAGACAGCAUCAGAAGUGAGACGAUGUACCUGGUUUUAUAAGGGAGACAAAGACAAUAAAUAUGUUCCCUACUCGGAAAGCUUCAGCCAAAAAUUAGAGGAAACCUACAUGCUUGCUGUAACUCUGGAUGAAUGGAAAAAGAAACUGGAGUCUCCCAACAGAGAAAUCAUUAUAUUACACAAUCCAAAGCUUAUGGUGCAUUACCAGCCGGUUGCAGGGUCUGACGAAUGGGGUUCAACACCCACUGAGCAGGGUCGACCAAGAACCGUGAAGAGAGGGGUUGAGAACAUCUGUGUUGACAUUCAUUAUGGGGAACCUUUACAAAUAGAUCACUUGGUUUUUGUAGUUCAUGGGAUUGGACCAGCUUGUGAUCUCCGCUUCCGAAGCAUUGUGCAGUGUGUUAAUGAUUUUCGCAGUGUUUCCUUGAACUUGCUGCAGACGCAUUUUAAGAAAGCCCAAGAAAAUCAGCAGAUUGGAAGAGUAGAAUUUCUUCCUGUCAACUGGCACAGUCCUUUGCAUUCUACUGGUGUGGAUGUAGAUCUGCAAAGAAUAACCUUGCCCAGCAUUAACCGCCUCAGGCACUUCACCAAUGACACAAUUCUGGAUGUCUUCUUCUACAAUAGCCCCACCUACUGUCAGACUAUUGUGGACACAGUUACUUCUGAAAUGAACCGAAUAUAUACACUUUUUCUCCAGAGGAACCCUGAUUUCAAAGGGGGUGUAUCCAUUGCUGGUCAUAGUUUAGGUUCACUUAUAUUGUUUGAUAUCCUAACAAAUCAGAAAGAUUCUUUGGGGGAUAUUGACAGUGAAAAGGGUUCGCUAAAUAUUGUUAUGGAUCAAGGAGACACACUGACACUAGAGGAAGAUUUGAAGAAACUUCAGCUCUCUCGUUUCUUUUGUAUCUUUGAGAAGGAACAAGUAGAUAAAGAAGCUCUGGCUUUAUGUACAGACAAAGAUCUUCAGGAAAUGGGAAUUCCCUUAGGACCAAGAAAGAAGAUAUUAAACUAUUUUAGGACCAGAAAAAAUUCAAAGGGUGUUAAUAGAUCAACUCUGCAUUCAGCUUCAGGGGCAAGUGUGUCUGACAUCCCCAAAGAAUCUGAGUUCCACAGUAGUACUGAUGACACUCAAAAUGAUGAAUGUCUGGAUGUUGGCAUUGGGCAGGUAUCUGUAAAAUACCCCCAGCUCAUCUACAAACCAGAAAUAUUCUUUGCCUUUGGAUCUCCCAUUGGAAUGUUCCUUACUGUCCGAGGACUUAAAAGAAUUGACCCCAACUACAAAUUUCCAACAUGCAAAGGUUUCUUCAAUAUUUAUCACCCUUUUGAUCCUGUGGCCUAUAGGAUUGAACCAAUGGUGGUCCCAGGAGUGGAAUUUGAGCCAAUGCUAAUUCCACAUCAUAAAGGCAGGAAGCGGAUGCACUUAGAAUUGAAAGAGGGCUUAACCAGGAUGAGUAUGGACCUUAAGAACAACUUGCUAGGUUCUCUGCGAAUGGCCUGGAAGUCUUUCACCAGAGCACCAUACCCGGCCUUACAAGCUUCAGAAACUGUAGAAGAAACGGAAACAGAACCUGAAUCAAGUUCAGAGAAGCCUAGUGAUGUUAACAUAGAAGAGACCUCUGUGGCAGUUAAAGAAGAAGUCCCACCCAUCAAUGUGGGAAUGCUGAAUGGAGGCCAACGAAUUGACUAUGUGCUACAGGAGAAGCCCAUUGAAAGUUUUAAUGAAUAUUUAUUUGCUUUACAAAGUCAUCUCUGCUACUGGGAGUCUGAAGAUACAGUACUGCUGGUCCUCAAAGAAAUCUACCAAACCCAGGGUAUCUUCCUUGAUCAGCCUUUACAGUAAAAAUGACCCAUCAAUGGCUGCUUAAUACCGACACUGAAGGAUCCUUCCCCAGAAAAUCCACCUGCUUGUGGCGGCAGUUUUCCUCUCCUCAUCUGCAUCUGUUUCCUGCAUGUUGCCUAUCACUUCUCACCACUGGGGUCUUUCUUUUUGGAAGUGAGUGGAAAAGUGAAGGGAAGACCUUUUCACCACUGGCUUCAAAUAAUCACUUGCCAUUCUUUCUUUGUAGCUGAGAUGCUUUGCAUCUUUAACUCUUUGCUGAUAAUAUACAGAAGCCAUAUUUUCUUGCUUUAUUACUUGAGAUGGUAUAGUCAGUUUUGGAUUUGAUUUCUUUUUGGUUGAGUAGGAAUUUUUCUAGGAAAUUAUUGCUUAUUUUUAGAAGAUGUAGUUUGAAAGCAGACUUUUGAGAUCCAGAAGGAAUUUUAGGUUAAUGGUUAUCUCUUGUUGUUCUCUGUACUUUAAUGCUAAGUCUAAGUGGAUAUGGGGAAGAUUUUGUUGGAAGUCUUUUUUUUUUUUUUGAGCCACUUUUCUUUCCUAUCUGUACUGGAUGCAGAAAGGCUAGAAUGUAGCUUUACAAAGGUAUUGUUUACUCUCUGUUCAGCUGACUGACAGAUUUAUCCGGGGACUCACUGAGGCUGUUCACUGUUUUUACAUUGUUUGAACUUAAGUAAGAUUCUCAGAUGAACAGUUCAAUUUGCAUUAGGUACAUCGUCAUAAAACAAAAACAGUAUAUAUCUUAGACUUACCUUUUUAUAUCAUACUUCAAAUUGGGAAACUCAAGAUGAAGUUUGGCUUAGUUAUUUGAUAACGGCUUCUAUUCUUAGGUUUAGAUUAAGGUUAUAAAAGCUGACAAACCUGGAUUACACAGCCCUGACCUACUGCUUAGAUUGUAAAUAAUUUUAGUGGUGCCUUAAUGGUGAAGCAAAAUUUGUGUAAGUUAUCUGCUGCAUCCACUUGGGUGAAGGUGGUAUUGCCCUUUUCAAAAACAUUUUGUUAACAUCAUUGUCUUCUUAAGUACCCAAAAUCCAGAACGCUUAUUUAAAAGGCUCUUGGCACAGGCAGAGUUGACUGAUCGGGUAGGUUUGGCUAGGGAGAAAUGUGUAACUUAUUCUGAAAGAAAAACCUAUGCAUAUAGGUUCCAAGGAAUAGCUAUUGCAGGAUCAGUGUCAGCUGAGUUUGGAACAGGCAAAGUGAAAUUUAGCUUGAAGAUGAGUGUCUGUAGGCUAACUUUCUUCAAGACAUCUGCUUACAGAUCAGGGCUAGUCAUUGUCUUUGCAAUUCUCUUUAUGAGAGUCCUUUUUACUCCCUCUCAGAUUAAACUGUCCCCUGUUUACAGAGUGGCAUCUGUAGGCAGACUGCAUUUUGCUUGUUAUCAUGGUAUCCAAAGCACUGGCAUUUAAUAUUUAUUUAAGCCACCUCAGGAAGCAGUGGUCUUUAUCCCUUUCUAGGGAGAAAAGUGUAGGAGGUUAAUUAAUGUCACCCUGGAGAUGGCAGAGGAGAGAUUGGGGUGUAGGUCAGAGCCUGGCCUUUCCCUGUCCAUCUGUUUAUGGAAUGAUGCUAAGGCACUAAGAUGUUUCAGGUAAUUGAAGUAUUUUAUUUUCCGUGUUAUAUCAACUCUGAGUAUGAGUAAGGGUUACUGAGGACUAAGCAGCAUUCGCUAUAUAUUAAUGGGAAAGCUUUUUCAAUUUGCUCUCUUCAAAUUUAAAUUUACUCUUCUUAUUAGCAGAAUAGAUACUACUUAAAAGUAAAUCAAAGGACAAGCAAGAGUGAGUCUCUAUAACCAAAGAUGGAGAGCAUAAUCCUAGAUAGCUAGAUAUACCACUGUUGUACUAAGAAAUGUUUUCUUUUCUGGUGUUAAGGAGCAGGUAACUAUAAAAGAGCUUAUUACAGGAUAAUAAGCUUGAUUUAAACCUUUUAUUUAGUUGUAUAUUAUUUGCACUCCUUCAGUUAUAUCAUGUGCAGUCUCUUGACCAAGCCUGUUUUAAAUUCUUCCUAUACAUCAUUUUGUACAUAUUCCCAGCUGCAGAUUUCGUGUUGUUUAUCUCAGCAAAAGACAUUGUUUGCAUGGAAAGAUUAAUAGCACUGAUUAGCUUUCUAAUAUUUGCACUUUUGAAAUGUUUGUUUUUUACGUGAUUAUAUUUAAAACUUUAGUAAAUAUUGAAAUAAAACCAUAUCUUCCAGUUGCCUACUAUUACCUGGCUUCAUCUGUCAUAAAGUAAAGACAAUUAAUAACCAUUUUUUCUUACCCUAUGUAUUACUAAAACAAAUAAAAUUUUGGGCAAAGAACUGAUAUUUAAGUUC